UGGGAUUAUUUGGUUCAGCACUCUGAUCUCACAGGCUGAAGUUGCAUAUCCAUCAUGGGACAACUGGGAACUUUCUCUGUAUGGUUUGUCCUGCUGAUUUCAACUCAGCCCACCUUGCAAUUUUGGCUUUUUAAUGUUAUCUUUCCUCCUAACGCAGAUCCUCUUGAUGCAAAAGUGGACAACAUAACUCCUGUAAUUCUGGUGCCUGGCAAUCUUGGAAACCAACUUGAGGCAAAAAUCAACAAGCCAUAUGUGGUGCACUGGUUAUGUUACAAAAAGACAGAAGACUUUUUUACUAUUUGGCUGGAUCUCAAUAUGUUCUUACCUAUAGGGAUUGAUUGCUGGAUCGACAACAUGCGAAUAGUUUACAAUAAAACAACUCGCAAAAUAUCAAAUGCACCAGGAGUAGAAUUCAGAGUUCCUGGGUUUGGCAGAACUAGCCCUGUGGAAUUCUUGGACAACCACAAGUUAGCAGGAUAUUUGCAUACAAUGGUGCAGCACUUGGUUGGCCUGGGAUAUGUCAAAAAUGAGACUCUUCGUGCAGCACCAUAUGACUGGCGAAUUACUCCCAAUGAACAAGAUGAAUACUUCAGCAAGCUGAAGGUACUGGUGGAAGAGAUGUAUGAAAAUUACAACAGUUCUGUUCAACUGAUUGGGCACAGCAUGGGCAGCAACUACAUAUUGUACUUCUUGAACCAGCAGACACAGGCUUGGAAGGAUCACUAUAUUAAAGGCUUCAUCUCAUUAGGUGCCCCAUGGGGUGGAGUAGUCAAAGCAUUAAGAGUUCUUGCUUCAGGUGAAAAUGAUGGGAUUCCAUUUGUGUCAAAUAUAAAAAUUAGAGAGAAGCAACGGAUGACCACCAGCAACCCUUGGAUGAUUCCUAGUGACCUCAGCUGGCCUACAGAUCAUGUCUUCAUUUCUACUCCUACUUUCAACUACACAUAUAAUGACUACCAGCGCUUCUUCCAUGACAUCAACUUUGAAGAUGGCUGGUACAUGUGGGAAGACACCAAAAACUUAAUAGCCGACCUCCAACCUCCUGGUGUAGAAGUUUACUGCAUGUAUGGGACGGGCCUACCAACUCCAGUUACAUAUAUCUAUGAUGAGAAUUUUCCAAAUGCAGAUCCUAUUAAUAUCCUGUAUGAUGAUGGUGAUGACACAGUGGGCACUCGAAGCAUGGAGCUUUGCAAACGAUGGAUUGGCAAACAGGAUAAGCCAGUCCAUGUUAUUGAGUUUCAUGGUAUGCAACACUUGGACAUUGUCUUUAGCAGCAGAAGCCUUAAUUGUAUACAAGAGAUUCUAGAAGGGAAAUUUAAAGGGCCUUGACCUAAUGGAGCCUCUGAAUUUUCACAAGCUGGACCUCAGCGUCACCAAAGCACAAUAUUCUACUGCCAGAUGUUCAUUUUCCAUCUUUGUACUUGUUUGUGGUUUGACUACUAAUUUUUUCAGAAGGACUGAGAACUUUUAGCCACAUUUAACAAAAUAUUAAUGAUUCCUUUGUAACAUGUUGAUUUUUUUCUGUUUUCUUUUUAACUAUUAUUGAAAGUAUUAUUAAAGUGAAGUAACAGUCAUCAUAUCAAAUUGGA